GAAACAAUGGGUUUGCUUGAUUUUCUCAAUCCUUUCUCUCUAUCACCCAAGUUGUUUGAUAGGAAUCUGUACUCUGUUUAUAUAAGAAUGACUCUCAUUGACAAGAUUUUAUUCCUGAUCAUACACGGUUUGGAUAAAGUGUAUCCAUGGUAUAAAUUGCCUGUAUUUCUUGGGCUUGUCUAUCUGGAGAUUAGGAGAAGUUUGCACCAGCGGUAUAAUCUCUUAAAUGUGGGAGUUACACCUGUAGGUGUAAGAAAUAAUCCAAUAGAUUACCCUUACAGAACGGAUAAUGGAAAGUUUAAUGACCCAUUUAAUCCAGAUACAGGAAGUGAAGGCACUUUCAUUGGAAGAAAUAUGAUGCCUUCUCACCACGAUGAAAAGAUUUUGAGACCACACCCCAUGGUGGUUGCAACCAAGCUGCUUGCACGGAAAUCAGAACUGAUUGACAAUGGAAAGCAAUUUAAUAUGCUUGCUGCCUCUUGGAUUCAGUUUAUGAUUCACGACUGGAUUGAGCAUGUGGAAGACACCAAACAAGCAAAACUAACAGCUCCAAAGGCAGUUGCACAACAAUGUCCAUUAAAGGAAUUCACUUUUUUUGAAACCAAAGAAUUCCCUACUGGUUUCUAUGAUAUAAAGCAGGGAUACCUUAAUAGGAGGACUGCCUGGUGGGAUGGGAGUGCAGUUUAUGGUAGCAAUACUGAGACAUCAACCAAAUUGAGAACUUUCAAAGAUGGAAAGUUGAAAUUAGGCGAGGAUGGGUUACUUCUCCACACGAGUGAGGGGAUUGCUAUCUCGGGAGAAGUGCGUAAUUCAUGGGCUGGAUUAUCAGUGCUACAGGCCUUAUUCAUCAAAGAACACAAUUCCAUCUGUGAUCUGCUCAAGGAUCAUUAUCGUGACAUGAAUGAUGACGAACUGCAUCGUCAUGCAAGAUUAGUAACUUCUGCAAUCAUUGCCAAGAUCCAUACCAUUGAUUGGACUGUUGAGCUCCUUAAAACAGACACACUCCUUGCUGGCAUGCGAGCAAAUUGGUAUGGACUGCUUGGUAAAACGUUGAAGGAUAAGUUCGGUCAUACAGGGAGUUCUCUACUUAGCGGCUUUGUUGGGAUGCCUAAGCCUGACAACCAUGGUGUUCCAUACUCUCUGACAGAAGAAUUUGUUAGCGUGUAUCGAAUGCAUCCUCUGAUGCCAGACAACCUCGUUGUUAGAGACAUUAAUGGAACUUCCGAAGAGAACAAAACCCCUCCAGUGCUGGAAGAGGUGGAGUUAAAGAAGCUAAUAGGAAUUCAAGGAGAACGGACAUUAUCAGAAAUUGGGAAUGAAGAUAUGAUUGUAUCCAUGGGGCAUCAAACCAGUGGAGCCCUAACUCUUUGGAACUACCCCACAUGGAUGAGAGAUCUUGUGGCUCAGGACGCUGAUGGCCAUGACAGAGCUGACCUAGUAGAUUUGGCUGCACUUGAAAUUUACCGUGAUCGAGAAAGGGGUGUGUCGAGAUACAAUGAAUUCAGAAGAAAUAUGCUGAUGAUUCCUAUUACAAAGUGGGAAGACCUUACCGAUGAGAAAGAAGCCAUCCAAGUUCUCCGCGAGGUUUAUGGCAAUGAUGUUGAAAAUCUGGACUUGCUAGUUGGGUUAAUGGCAGAGAAAAAGAUUAAAGGCUAUGCAAUCAGUGAAACAGCCUUCAACAUCUUUCUGCUAAUGGCAUCAAGACGAUUGGAGGCAGAUCGCUUCUUCACCAGUGAUUUCAACGAGGAAGUAUACACAAAGGAGGGUUUGGCGAGGGUAAACAAUACAGAGAGUUUGAAAGAUGUUCUGAAUCGUCACCAUCCAAAACUGAUGGCUAAAUGGUUGAACUCAUCGAGUGCAUUUUCUGUGUGGAGUGCAGAUCCAGAGCCCGUAAAUCGUACACCAUUAUACCUGCGUGUCCCACAUUAAGGAUGGAAUUUUCAAAAACCACACCUUUUGUUAAAAUCAAAUGUCCAACUUUGUGGCAAUAGCUGGAAAACACUCCUCUUAGGGCAUUUUCUCUGUUCUUUCAUCAAGAUUAGGCUUGUUUGUCUUUUCUAGUUGUUUCAAUGAGCUGACCGAAAAGAAGGUUUCCUUGGAUUUGAAUGUGGUAUUAAAAGCUGUAAUAGAUUAAGAUAUAAAAUAAUUAAUA